AUGAGUCUCCUCGACCUCCACUACCAGCAGCUGGACGAUGCCCGGUGGGCCGAGCUGCUGCCGCUCAUGCGCCAGGCCCCGGUGGUCAGGCUGGUCGACUGUGGCGUCACCGGGGGGCGCUGCAAGGAUGUGAGCGCCGCGCUCCGGGACAACGCCGCCCUCACCGAGCUCAGCCUCUCCUCCAACGAGCUGGGCGACACGGGCACGCAGCUGGUGCUCCAGGGCCUGCAGCCUGCCUGCAAGAUCCAGAAGCUCAGCCUCCAGAACUGCAACCUGACGGAGGCCGGCUGUGGCCCCCUGUCCGGCGUGCUGCGCUCCCUGCCCUCCCUCCGCGAGCUGGACCUCAGCUACAACCAGCUGCAGGACGCGGGCCUGAAGCUGCUCUGCGAGGGGCUCAUGGACCCCCAGUGCCACAUCGAGAAGCUGCAGCUGGAGUACAGCAACCUGACGGCCGACAGCUGCGAGGCCCUGGCCGCCGUGCUCAGGGCCAGGCCGGAGCUGAAGGACCUGGGGGUGAGCAACAACGACAUCGGCGAGGCCGGGGCCCGGAUGCUGUGCCGGGGCCUGGCCGACUCCCCCUGCCCGCUGGAGUCACUCCGGCUGGAGAGCUGUGGCCUCACCGCAGCCAACUGUGUGGACCUGAGCGCCAUCGUGGCCGCCAAGCCCUCGCUGAGCGAGCUGCAGCUGGGCAGCAACAAGCUGGGGGACGCGGGCGUCGCAGCGCUGUGCCCCGGGCUGCUGAGCCCCGGCUCCAGGCUCAAGACCCUGUGGCUCUGGGAGUGCGACUUCACGGCCAGUGCCUGCAAGGACCUGUGCCGGGUGCUCGGAGCCAAGGAGAGCCUCCGGGAGCUCAGCGUGGCCGGCAACGCGGUGGGGGACGAGGGUGCGCGGCUGCUGUGCGAGAGCCUGCAGGAUCCCCGCUGCCGGCUGGAGUCCCUGUGGAUAAAGUCCUGCAGCCUCACGGCCGCCUGCUGCCAGCACUUCAGCGCGAUGCUGGCCAAGAACCGGAGCCUGCAGGAGCUGCAGCUUAGCAGCAACAACCUGGGCGACGCGGGCAUGGAGGAGCUGUGCCAGGGCCUGAGCCAGCCGGGCACCACCCUGCGGGUUCUCUCGGUGGGGGACUGCGAGGUGACGGACCAGGGCUGCACCAGCCUGGCCGCCCUCCUGCUGACCAACCACAGCCUGAUCGAUCUGGACCUGAGCAACAACUGCAUGAGCGAGGUGGGCGUCAUGAAGCUGGCAGAGAGCGCCCAGCAGCCCAGCUGCCCGCUGGAGAAGCUGGUCCUGUACGACAUCUACUGGAGGGAGGAGACGGAAGACCAGCUGCGGGCCCUGGAGGAGAAGAAGCCCGGCCUGCAGAUCAUCUGCUGA